AACCCAGAUGUUGUCACAAUAGAGCUGCUCUUGUGAGGAGGAUCACAUCGCUCUCUCUCUCUCUCUGAAUUUUCAAACAUUUCCUUCUUCAUCUCCUGUGUAAACUCCUGCCUCCAUAACCUCAUAGUGUCGACAUGGGAUGCCAACAAGACCCUCUUGUCCAAAGAGUCUGCGAACUGUACGAGAAGAUCUCGGGCCUCGAGUCUCUCAAACCAUGCAAGGAUGUCAACAUGCUCUUCACUCAGCUUGUCCUCACGUGCAUGCCACCAAACUAUCCAAUUGAUGUCACAAAACUAUGCAAAAAGGUGCAAGAAACGAGGUCCAACCUCAUCAAGCUUUGUGGCGAAGCUGAGGGUCUCCUAGAGAGCCACUACGCCUCCAUCUUGGCCUCAUAUGACAACCCGAUUGACCACCUUGACAUCUUCCCUUACUUCACCAACUACCUCAAGCUAAGCAAACUUGAGUUCAAUAUCUUGAGCCAGCACCACUCUGGGCGCGAGCUGAACCGCGUCGCCUUCGUGGGCUCCGGGCCCCUCCCACUAACCUCGAUUGUCCUAGCCUCUAACCACCUGACCAAUACUCAUUUCCACAACUAUGACAUUGACCCCUCAGCCAAUUCCAUGGCACUCCAAUUGGUCUCGCCUGACCCUGACCUGUCCAAGAGAAUGUUUUUUCACACCACAGAUAUUAUGGAUGUCACAUGUGCCUUGAGGGACUAUGAUGUCAUCUUCUUGGCAGCUUUGGUGGGUAUGGAGAAGGAGCCAAAAAUCAGGGUUAUCGAGCAUCUGGCCAAGUAUAUGGCCAAUGGCUCGAUCUUGAUGCUUAGGAGUGCACAUGGGGCCAGGGCUUUUCUGUAUCCUGUGGUCGAGGCCAGUGACCUAAGAGGGUUCCAGGUUCUCUCGGUGUUUCAUCCCACGGAUGAGGUGAUCAACUCGGUCAUCAUCGCCCGCAAGUGCUCGGCACUCAAUCAUGAAAAGGGAUCGUUGCUCGGACCCAUCAUAAUGCCUAACAAGUGCUGUGAGAUCCACCAGGUCUUCAAUCCUCUCAACCAUGGGAGUAUUGUGGAGGAGUUGACCAUUGAGGAGAAAUCAUCCUAAAGACGCUCCGUUCUAUUCUCUCUCUAUCUCUAGGUUCGGCUACAAGCGUCUUUUUUCACGCAAGUGUUUUUAACUUGUCGCCUCGGCGAUGUAGGGUUUGUGCGUCGUCUUUUGCAUUUUCAUGUGAAAGUUGCGAUCUAUAUUCGUGAAAGUUCCGGACCUUUGUCUUUUUUAUUUUUCUGCUUUCCAGGUGGUUUGCGGAUGUUAUGUUGUUCCUCUAUGUAAUCUCAUGUAAUGACCAAUCGGUCAUCAAAUGUUUUGAGAAUUAUCUAAUAUUAGUGAAUUGUCCUUUUCUAUGGCAGAUAACAAGAUUGUCGAUUUUCACAA